AUGAACUUUCACCUGCCUCUGUGCCUUUUAAUUCUGCGGUUUGCAACCGAACCUGCUGCAGGCUUUUCGACUUCGAAACACUCAAAAUCGGCGCGUCAAACUCGGCAGGAUUCGUUGCGAAUCGAAGCGGAUCAGUCAAAUGCGAUUCGCAAAGCAUUGCCGCUGGAAAGUGCAGUUCGCGUACCUCACAAUUCAGCAAAUCCAGAGAUCUGGAAGCAGCUCGUUCCAAACGCCUUCGACACACAGCAUGGCGUAGACGUUCGUGCUUGUUGGCGCCACGACGAGUUGCCGGAAACCGUAGCCGAUCGGUUUCUGGAGAAGAUAUCGUCCGCUAACGAUUUUUUUAAAUACCGCCCUCAGCUUCGUCAGCAACUGGCAGAAUCAAUCGAGACUUUCACCACAUUCUGUUCUGACCGUGUCAGGGACGCGGACGAAUUCUCCGGUCGUAUUGUUUCUACACGAGGCCCCGGUGGUGCCAAGUGCCCUGUUUGGCAUCUCGAUCAUGUGCCAGUGCGUUGGAUUCAAACGUUCUAUGGACCAGGCGUCAUGUACGUGGAUGGAGAUCACGUAGCGUGGGAAAAAGUGAACGCAUUGGACGAUACCAUGUCAGCUAGGGAACGCAAUCGGCUUCUGGUGAACGAGGAUGCGAAGGUGAAUCAAGUCCCAGAGGGUGGGGCGGUGGUGCUCUUGGGGAAACAGUUUAAUCGGCAUAGCAAGGACCCAACCGUUUCCAUGGCUCCGUCGGUACACAAAUCGCCGGAAAUUGUGAACCCAUGGCAGGGGCGGGUUCUGAUGACCAUGGACGUUGUAGCGCCGCUUGAAGAAGGCUGAAUUUCCACGCUUCUAUUGAAGGAAAUCUGCUCACACGUACACGUACACGUACACGUACACUACCCACAUAAUAUCAUAUUUUAACCAUCACGUGUAUUAUU